AUGACGUAUGUGCCGAUAAGGGGAUUACGCCAUCUGUGUUGCCGUCGAGACUACUUCCACAUCUACCACAACCUUUUUGGAACUACUGCGGCAGCCACGGAGACCACCUCCAGUGUGUCUUGCAGUGAAUACUACACUGUCGUCUCAGGCGACUCAUGUUCUGCCAUUGAGGUCGAAUAUAGCAUCACCUUUGCGGAAUUUCUGUUAUGGAAUCCAUCAAUCGUAUCGGGUGACUCGUGCUGGGCUAUUGCAACAGCCUAUGGCAUAUCUACUACAGACUUCAUAGACUGGAACCCGGCUGUUGGUAGUGACUGUUCAGGGCUAUGGCCAGACUACGAGUACUGCGUCGCGGUUUGA